AUGACCACAACAAGUCAAAAUGGUGAAUCCACUAUUAACGGUGGAUCGCCUGAAAUAACGCAUGAAAAAUUACCCCGAACGCAAGACCACCUAGAAGCUCAACAAGGUACCAAGCCUGAUCAAAAUCUAACGGAGCAUCAAGUUGUCGGAUCUAUAGAUCUGGGUUUAUCGAAAGAGGUAGAAUCAAUAUUACUUGAUAAUCAUGCUAUGGUAUGGAAGAAAGAUGAUUCAGGUAAUUUGUUGAUUAAGAGUUUACCUGGAGAUCCAACGAGUCCCAGAAGUUGGAAAAAUUGGAAAAGAUAUGGUUUGGUAGGAUUAGCAUCACUUCUUAACAAUUUGGUAUGUCUUUGCGUAUCAGGAUAUAGUACUGGCGUUGAGCAAAUGGAGGAAGAAAUUGGAUUCGGCUCUGAAUUGGGAACUUUGGGAUUGAGCUUGUAUAUCCUUGGAUUCGCUUUCGGACCGAUGUUCUUGGCUCCUUUGAGCGAAUAUUGGGGUAGAAGACCCGUAUAUCUAGUAUCAUGGACUAUAUUUACCAUCUUCCAAAUACCCCUUGCUCUAGCGCAAAAUUUAGCUACAAUCUUAGUUUGUCGUUUCAUCCAAGGUUUAGCAGGAAGUACCCCAUUAGCAAAUACAGGUGGUGUCGUCCAUGAUUUGUUUGGAAUAGAUGAAUGUGGUAUGGCUGUUGCCAUUUAUGCUCUUAGUAGUGCCGAUGGACCUCCGUUGGGUAAUGCUCUUUCAGGUUAUUUGGCUCAAACUCAAGGGUGGAGAUGGUUAUACUGGACAUAUUUGAUAAUAUUCGGUACAUUCAUCUUUGUGAUUUAUUUCUUUUUACCAGAGACAAGAGAUACGAUAAUCAUAUCACGUAAAACGGCUUUAUUAAGGAAAGAGACCAAUCUACCUUUUUACGCUGAACAUGAAUUAGUGAAGAAAGAUCCAUCGCAUUUAUAUAAAGUUACGAUUAUUCGACCAUUCAAAUUCUUAUUUACGGAACCUAUCACUUAUUUAUGUGCUGGUAUAAAUGGAUUCGCAUUUGGAAUGAUUUUUCUAAGUAAUGAAGCUUUCCCGUUGGUUUUUGGCAGUGGAAAUAAUGGACAUGGCUGGACUCAUUCCGGUACAGUCAAUUUAACAUUCUUGGCGUAUGUGGUAGGAGCCUUUUUGGGAUUCGCUUUAACACCUUUACAAGAAAAGAAAUAUCAUCAAUUAUGCGCAGAAAAAGGAUUUUCAAAUCCAGAAGCUAGAUGGUGGUCAGCUUUAUGGGCUACACCAUUUUGUCCUAUUGGAUUAAUGAUUGCAUCUUGGACAAGUUAUAAUUAUCUACCUUGGAUAGCACCCAUAAUUGGAUUUACUCUCUUUGGAUUUGGAUUUUAUAUCAUCCUUGCUGCUAUUUUGAAUUAUGUUGUUGAUGGAUACGGUCAUUAUUCAGCUUCUGCUUUGGGUGGAGUCGUAUUCGUUAGAAACAUUGUCGGAGCAAUAUUCCCAUUAUUCGCAGAACAGAUGUUCGUAGGCAUGGGUAAUCAAUGGGCUUUAUUCCUUUUAUCAAUGGUUUCAAUUGGAUUGGUCCCAAUCCCAUUUUACUUGUACAAAAAAGGGAAAUCGGUCAGAGAGAGAUCUCCUUAUUGCGCUACUCAUUUUGGUGAAGGUUCAUAA